AUGUCGGCCCCCGACCGAUCGUCUCGUCGCGACUCCGAGACGUCGGGUGCCGCCUCUACAACCCCCACAGCCACUUGCACACUCCCCGCGUCGCAAGGUUCGCCCCACCCAACCACGACCAGCACCACACCCCCCUCCGCCAUGUCCACUCUCUCGUCAUCUCACGGUUGAGAGACCGUCUCGUGCAGUCGAACCUGCAGUUUGACCCACAGGAAGUCAGCGCCGAUGGCCUGAACUGUCAAUAUAUUGCUGUUUCAUCCCACUGGUAUUCCCGAUUAUGA